UAGCAGACUAACCACUUUCUCAUUGGAUCGUCAAGCAGUUGAACUCUUUAUCUUAUCACGUAGUCAGAGCCUUAUCUUUUGACAUCCUUUAAGAAAGUUUAAAUAAACCGAGAUAACUCUAUCUUAACGUCAAACCUUGAAUAUCCAACCUAUUCUCCGUCAUUAGCAGUAACUGCAAUUGUACUCUAUGUCAUGGCGUGUAAUACAAAAGAUUCGCUGUGACCUCAAGGCCACUCUGUUCAAUGAGCCGGUUGAUAUGGCCUUAUUACACUUGUACUUUUUUUAGAAGACAGUCUCAAUACGGCUUACAGUCAUGGUAUCGAUAUUUUAUACCUGACUCAUAUGCUUCGGUUGGAAUUUGGAACUCUCGUCUAUCCAAUGAUAUUUUCCGGAGUAUUUCAGUUCGUGAUCACGGUUUAGAAAUACUGCGAAAAAUCAAUUCUGGCAAAAUCGUGUCACCAUUGGACUAUGACAUAUUCGCUAAUAAACUAGAUGAACUAGAUGUAAUGUCCUUAGAUUUUGUCGAAGAAGUCAUCAUGAGUUAUAUGAAUACUCAAGCUGCGGUAGACGUAAGGGAUUCGACAUCUCAUGCGUUUAUUCGAGGAUAUUUGAAUUUCCGAGAAGUUGAUAGAUUACUAAAGUUAAUCGAAAGUAGAUCAAAAACGGGAAUCUUCGUAGAUUUCGCUUCUGCAGUUCUGAUGAUGGACGUGUUUUUACGAAAAGGUGAAUGGAAUUCUGCUGUUGCUGUUUCAUGGGAACUCUGCCUUCAGGAAUAUUUCAGCUUAGAGAAUGUCAAACCCCUUGUCUUUGCUACUUCACUUUUUUCAUGCAUAAAGUCAAUAGAAAAUGAUUCGUUUUUGGUCAAAGAAUCCCAACCGGAGGAUGACAGGGAGAUUGAACAAAAAUUGGUUCCUUAUGUUAGGAACCCAAACUAUGAUAACUUUUUCGAUAUAAAGCGACCCAAGUUAAAAACUGGUUAUACGCUAUUGCAUUUGUCUCAUGUGUUAAACAGUCGAUGCUCACUUUUUCAAACUACCCCAGUGUGGAAAAGCCUAUCUAAACAUGUGGACAGUUUUCGUCUAAUGAUGAGAAUUUUCGGACUUGCUCUUUCUGAACAGUGUGACAAAUUAUUAGUUGAAAUCAGAAAAGUUGAUGAGUCAGCAAUACAGUUGGGGGGAUUGGACCCUACAGUGGUGAAAAAGCUAAUAAGCAUUGUUGAUACUUGUGAAACCCGAUCCGAUGACUCGUCUCUAAAACCAGGAGAACCGCAGGUUCCAAGUGUAUCAGAUGUAAAAUCAGUGCAGAAUGAACUUCUGGUAAGCAAGUUAACAGCCAUACCUAGUUAUAUUUUAGCGUAUUCAGGGCGGACCACAAUGUACCACACAAAACUUUUUUAAAGUGGUCGAAGAGUUUGUCUUCAAUGGGGUAAUUAAUAACUCAGAAUGUAUGAAGCAGGAGUUAGAGGCAGUUUCUGAUUUGUAUGAUAAAUUUGAUGAAGAACGGAGAAAAGAAUACACUGAAGCUGUCAAAAUGCAAAAAUCUGAAAAGGUUGUUGAAAAAGCCAAAGAAAAAUUAAGGCAAAUCCUAGAUAGAGAGGAACAAAUAACAUACUUCCAGAAUGGUACGAAAAUAAUAAAGGAUGCAUGGUUAGCGCCUCGAACACGUCAAGAAGCUCGUUGGUCAAGACUAAAGGAGUGGAAAAGUGAAAUUUCUUCUCAAAAAGAAAAGCAGAAUGAUAGUUCGCCCGUUUAAUGAAUGUAAAACUGUACAUAUAUACUUUUAAUAAUAAUACGUUUAUUUACAAAAUUUACUGGUAUACAUCGUAUCAGCUACCCAAUAUUGUCUCCAGGAUGUAGAUGUACGGAUACAUCCGCUUUUUAACAGGAACUUUGGUUGAUAGGUGUUUACAGUUAGAAAUCAUGCUGUGACAUUGUAGUAUUCGCUAAACAGAGCUGUAGCUUUAAGGAAAAUGCAAUCAGAAAGCUUUCUUUACAUAAAUAUCACCUAUACUUUAAGACUGUGGACUAAGCUCAAUUGUUUUUAACUAGUGGGAGGAAUCACUUCACAUUGAUAAUUACAAUACGUGUACAAAAACCCCAAUCAGUUAUGCUCCAAGGUACAUCGGCCUUAUAAAGUGAGCUCUUUUGAAACAUAUUACUUUGUCAGUAUAUCAAAAGAAGUAUCUAAGUCAAUCGAUAACUCAAUUCAAGAACACCAAGUUCUGAUAACAUUGCUCAGCUAGAACGCGUUUAUAAGCUAUCCAUGCAACCAAAAAAUAUCCUCAAAGGGAUUAUAAUGAAUCAUAGGUGUGAAUGUUAUCCUUCAAUAAGAGCUGGUAGUAAAAAAGAUCUAGUAUUGCUACAGAAUAGUACCACUAAUAUAUUGAAUGACUCAACAUAAUAAAUCGAGAAUGGACAACAAAAUGGCGAUUCGUUAGCGUAAUUUGGAUGUAAAUAUUACUUAUAUUUGCCAACUUCUAUAGCACGUUUAUAUGUCUAAAUGUGUGAAUUCAAAUUGUGUAUUUUUCUGCAUAAAUCGUGUAGUAUCGAUCUGUUUUCAUAAUUCUCUACGUCCAGUUUAUUCUGUACUGCUACUUCCUUUUUAUUUGCUAUUACUCUAUCCCUACAACGAACUUUCCGAUUUUCAUUUCAUUUGGACCCGGUUUAUUUUUCAGAGCAUUAACGAAUUUCUGGGAUUGGAUGAGUGACUAUACUAAAUAUUCAUAAUCAUUUAUAGUGACUCAUAGAUUUAAAACAGGGCGCGGUUUGUUAAAUUUGUUGAUAGUGUGCACGAACGGACUCAUAUUUUCGUCUUUCAUUCCACUGUUAACCGAAAAAAUAAUGGUAUUGGAGUUCAUAGCAUGAAUUGUGUAGAUCUGAACAAAAAAGUGCUCAGUCAUUGAAUGUUUCAUCGACAUACCAAUGGUGACACUGCCCUAAUUAUUUCGAAUAAAAUUUACUUUUUAUUCAGUCCAUCAUAUAAAAAAGAAAUUCUCUGUCAAUCGUCUCGUAUUCGGACAGCAGAUUGAAGACGCCUAAUAGUCAUAUAUGCAUUGAAUCAUUUGAAAAACUGCUGGAGAUUGGGCUGACGUUGCAUACGAACAACCAGAAAAUACAGUAGCUGAGAUUUAGCCUAUCGCUUAUGUUUAUGAAGUAGCUCAUUUUUUAAUUCGGUUGAUUGCUUUCUCACUCUCACCUUAGUUACAUUUCGAUGACGCAUAAAAAAACGUAAUCUAGAUGUAGUUUGUUGCUUUUGUGUAAAAUGAUAUAGUUUUGACUUCUAAUAGAAUAAUAUACUUAAAAUAAAUGAAUGCAGAUUUACUUUAUACAUAAUUGCCCUUACUGCGAUUAAUUGGUCGUGGUAUGCCUUAUUAUCUGAAUUUUCUGUCGCUUGCAAAUUUAUCUA